GCGCAAACGAACUCGCGUGCAUAAAAUGUCCUCGGCCGCCUCUGGUGAGGCGAAGGACCGAGCGGACGCAUCGACGCCAGAGUGCACGUCUGCGCCUCCGCCGACCGAGACGGCCUCCGCCACCGCCGUAUCACGCAACGGCGGCAUCACGCAGGGCAUUCUCGAGCGGCUGAAGCCGUUUCUCUCGGAGCAGCACAUCGAGGUGGAAGCCCGGCUCUGCCACUUCAGCGCUCCCCAGCUGCCCUCACCAAGUACGGGGUCUGACACCGCCGCCCCAGCCCUUCACAUCUUGAGCGGUUCCAACGGACGUAUCGAGGUGGGCGUGAGUGCAGAUGAUUUUGAGCGCAUGCGGACUUUUGUAGAAGCCGCAAAGAAACUGCCCACGCAGCACACCAAGACGGAGGACGUCAUCACGCGCUCGGGGCGCUACACCUACGCGAUGGCGGAGGACGGGUCGGAGAGGUUUGUGGGCUGCAUUAGCAAGAAGCGGUUGUGCAACGUGGAGGUGCACGUCCCGGGCUGCCCCUACGAUAUUCGGCUGUCCGUCAGCACGGAGGUCCCGCGGGAGAGGCGGGAGGCGCCGGCAGUGAAGCCGAAGGGGUUUGUGCGGCAGAAGAGUCGGUGGACGGCGACGGAGGGCACGUACGAGUACGCGUUUACCCGCGUGGGUGGUCCUGCCGACAAGAAGGCCACCUUUGAGGUCGAGAUCGAAGGCGUCCAUGCGAAUGCGCAGGAGGGCGUGACGGUGGCGUGGCUGGAGGAGCUGAUGGACCGGCUUUUGGCGAUGGCGCGACUGGCGGGCAAUACCGGCUUGCCGAGAAACACCGCGCGCACCCCAGGAGAGAAGCGGCAGCGGUAG